UGACAUCAUCACCAGACCGGAUGGGAUGGUGUGUAUUGUAGUGUGUAUUGUAGUGUGUAUUGUAGUGUUUAUUGUAGUGCCCGCCGUGCGGGGGGUUUUGCGGUAGUUUCACUUUAAGGGCUCGCGCUCACUCAGAGAAUCGCCAUUGUUGGCUGGAGCUCGCGCAGAUGAGCAGCAGCGAUGCUUCCGCCGCCGAACUGACAUCUUUAUUUCCGUUCCCGGUGCUGAACAGCAGCCUCCCGCUGCGCGCUUUAUUAUUACUGCUAUUAUCAUUUUACUUUUUUUUUUUGUUUAAGCUGUUUUAUUCCCUGUCGAUAUUUGCUGAGGCGACAUGAGAGCGCGUGAGUCUCCGGAGUGAAAGCGGAACGGUUAGUCGCUGACAGUCAGUCCCGGGUUCCGUAACACCGUGCUUCCGUCGUGACUGAGGAGGAGAAGAAGAGGAGGGAAAAAAAUAAAAGCGGAGGGGAAAAAAAUACACCAGCGAUCCUAUUUGCAGAAAUUCUGAGCGUUUUGGAGUUUGAAGGGGAUGUGUUCAAGGCAAGAGAGGAUUCAAAAAGACGUCGACAUCGUUAUCGAGAGGUGCCAGGCGGAGAAAGACUGCCUUUUCUCGGAUUUUCGAUUCACUGACGCCACCUUCACGUUUACCUACUCAAAAGGAUCGAAAAGCGUGUCCUACUCUGUACAUGUCUCUGAUGAUUAUCCAGACAACACAUACGUCUCGAACUCCGAGAACGACGAUGACGUAUUAGUCACAAGAGAUCCUAUACCAGUUAUUUUCCAUAGAAUUGCAACAGAGAUAAGAACAGCUAAUGAUGACAGCUGUCUUUCCAUCAAGUCAAAGCUUCAUAUUGACAAAAACCCGUGCCAUUACACUGUAGAAGAGGAUUCAGAGGGAGAUAAUGACUCUGAAGAGUUCUACUAUGGUGGUCAGGUGAAUUAUGAUGGGGAGCUUCACAAACACCCACAGCUGGAGGCUGACCUGGUAGCCGUGAGGGAGUUAUAUGGCCAUCAUGCAGUAUCUCUCAGGGAAUAUGGUGCAAUUGAUGAUGUAGAUAUUGAUCUACACAUCGAUGUCAGUUUCCUCGAUGAGGAGAUUGCCCUUGCCUGGGAUGUGAUCAGGACCGAACCUGUUAUUGUACGUCUUCACUGCUCACUCACGCAGUAUCUGAAUGGACCAGUUCCCACCGUUGAUGUAUUUCAAGUGUCCACAAAAGACAGGUUCGGCCUGGGACAUCAACUGAAAAAGAUCAUGCAGACCUUUGUCACACAGCAGUGGAAGCAUCAUACUAAAGACAAGCUUAACUGCCCACAUAGCAAAAAGCAGACAGAUAAGAAGGUGAAGUCUCCUCUGCACAUCUUCUCAACUCUCCGCAGGUCCCCCAGCUAUCCCCCUCCCGGCUGCACAAAAAACAAAAAGAAGCUCAAGCACGAGCAGGAUGGUGUGUCCAAAUCGCAUCGCCUCUUGCGCCGUACAUGUUCGAGCGCAGUGAAGCCUGAAGUGGACGGCUGUGCCGGGAAGCCGCGCAAACUCCUGGGCCCUUCUCUGUCAGAGCAGACGCCUGGCCUCAAACCACCUCAACGGCUCUUGCCAAGGCCUGAAGAGAGCAUGAUCUCACGGCCUCACCGACUCCUGCCACGCUCCGGCUCAGGUGAGCCACAGUGUGAACGUAGCACAGGUGGAGACAGUAGUAGUGUUCUGAAGCCUCACCGGCUCCUUCACCGCACUGACGAGCUGGACGGUCUCAAGCACCACCAGCGGCUCCUCGGCAGGUCCUGCUCCAGCAGUGCCAAGAUGACCAAAGGCGAACCGCCCAAGGAGCCAUCCGGAGAGAGCCGCCGCCUCUCGCUCACCUCAGGGCUCAUAGGCAUCCUGGCCCCGGCACUCUCUCCUGCACCACCGCCAAACAACGGAGCCAAGUCGAUACCAAUCAGAGACCGUGGCUUUCUCGUCCAGACGAUGGAGUACGCAGAGCAGCGGAUCCCCGUCCUGAAUGAAUUCUGUGUGGUCUGUGAUGAACCUCAUGUGUUUCAAAAUGGACCAAUGCUCAGGCCCACAGUGUGUGAGAGAGAGUUGUGUGUCUUUGCCUUCCAAACGCUAGGAGUCAUGAAUGAGGCUGCUGAUGAGAUUGCCACAGGUGCCCAGGUUGUUGACUUGCUGGUCUCCAUGUGUCGCUCUGCACUGGAAUCACCGAGAAAAGUAGUCAUUUUUGAGCCAUAUCCCUCAGUAGUAGAUCCCAGUGACUCUCAGUCCUUGGCCUUUAACCCAAGGAAAAAGGACUAUGAUCGGGUAAUGAGAGCUCUUGAUAGCCUCACGUCUAUCAGAGAAAUGACCCAGGCGCCAUAUUUGGAGAUAAAGAAGCAGAUGGACAGAAUUGACCCCCUGGCUCACCCACUAUUGCAAUGGGUCAUAUCCAGUAACAGGUCUCACAUAGUGAAGCUACCAGUGACCAGACAACUAAAGUUUAUGCACACCCCACACCAGUUCCUCUUACUCAGCAGCCCACCGGCCAAAGAAUCCAACUUCAGAGCUGCCAAAGGCCACUUUGGGAGUACCUUUGCUUUCCAUGGAUCACACAUAGAGAACUGGCACUCCAUUUUGAGGAAUGGUUUGGUUGUGGCCUCCAAGACAAAACUCCAGCUCCAUGGCGCCAUCUAUGGGAGUGGAAUUUAUCUCAGCCCAAUGUCAAGCAUAUCCUUUGGGUACUCAGGGAUGAACAAAAAGCAGCAGAAAGUUGCGUCAAAAGAUGAAACUGCUACAAACAAGACCAAUAUUCAUCUGCAGUCACAGAAAAAAGGUCAGCAGCCUCAGUUUCUGCAGAGUCGCAAUCUGAAAUGCAUAGCCUUAUGUGAAGUGAUUACUUCGCCGGACCUUCACAAGCACGGCGACAUCUGGGUGGUCCCAAACACUGAUCAUGUCUGCACACGAUUUUUCUUUGUCUAUGAGGAUGGACAGGUGGGCGACACAAGCAUCAACACGCAGGACCCCAGCAUCCAUCGAGAGAUCUUACGAGUCAUCGGCAACCAAACAGCCACAGGAUGAACGACUCCAAAAGCAAUACUGCUGCCUAAACCUGCCCUCCUGACUCAGAGCUGGAUAUUUGAGCAUAGGAGGUUUUAUCAUAGGAAUUUUACUAACCACAGAACACAAUAUAGAGAGAAAAUAUUUCCAAUCUACAAAAUCAGACAGAUACCCAUGUGUAUUUACACUGGCUAAUCACACUCUGAACAUUGUGCCAGGUUUAUUAAUACAGUAUACAUUUUUAAAGGUUGUGGUAUGUCUCUCGGUUCAGCUGACAGACUGCCUGGUUUUUUUUUUUUAAAGCUAAGAAAGAAAAGAAGGAUCUUUCUGUAAAAUUUUUGAGACUUCAGUCGGAUGUUAUUUGGCCUUUGUGGUAAUAAACCACUUUGAAUUGUUUACUAAGAAUUGGACUUUUAAAAGUACAACUUUGUGCUUACCGAAGGUGUUGAUAUGCACUUUAUUAUUUUUUUUCUUAGUGUAAGGUUUUAGUUCCAACUUUAUUAUAUUAAAAUGCCUUUAAAUACAGUGGAUUGCAUAUUGACUUUGGUGGAGGUGAGCAGAGCAAAGACAGUACGAGCUGAAAGGUUGUUGUGUUUACAAAUCCCAUGUUCCUGAGCUACAUGAGUUAUUACAUGCUACCUGGCAGUGGCUGCUGGUUUACAGUCUCCAAAAAGUCGUCAAGGUUUAUUCCGUCUGAUUCCACUGCAACUUGGUUUGCUGUUUUUACAACUCGAUGACUGUGACAUUAGGUUGCCAUUUUGGUUUGAGCAUCAUGAAAAGAUUAAGUAUAUAAUAUAUAUUUGAAUGAAACUGAUGGGAAAACAAAAUGCAUGUGGCUUUCCUUACAUUUUCGGUCAGUUUGUGUUCCUAGAUAUGUUAAUAGCAUUUUUAUACGAGACAGAGUCGCACCCAGUUGCAAAAUGUAUUUAAAUAUAUCAGUAUAUAUCUUUUUUUUGUAAAGGUGAUUUAAGAUGGGUUGAAAGCUUGCAGCGUAUUUAUGUUUUUUGGUCCAAUCGAAAUGAGAGCACUCCACAAUUACUCUGUUAUUUCUCUGAAAUGGUUUAGGACAGUUUAAUGGUUUAAAGGAACAGUCCACCGUACUUCCAUAAUGAAAUA